AUUAGCGUAUGGCGUAAAAUGUAACCCAAAGUAUGAUGGCCUGACUAAACAACCAGUGCAGACCAAACAAAGAUUUCGUGUCAUUAGCAAUAGCAUAUUAAUUUUACAAAGAAGCGUCACGCAGUUACUUUAGGGCUCGAGGGGGACACAGCUUGAUACGGGAUAGAUAAAUUAUGUAACGAGCCCAUACACACACCUUCAAGACAACCCUUCAUAAUACAGCAUGUAGUCAAUGCUGACACAGUAAUACGAAGUGAACGGCUAAGCCCAUAACUGAUAUUGUACGCGAUCGAUGAAGGAUUUUCACACGACUUAAGAGAUUGACGAGUUCAAAAGUAGCAAAAGAGUAGAAAUUCCUUUGAGCGGAGAGCGACGAACAACUCCAAGAAAAAUGGCAUCAAAAGAGGAAGCUUUAUUUUCGAUAUUCACGAUUCUCAUUCUUUGUAUAAAGCCGAAACAAACGUUAAAGGUGAAAAUUAAAGACGACGAUGUUCUUACAUAUUCCAUUAUUCUCUCCCGUUCGUUGACACUUCCUGACAAAGCUAACAAGAGUAAAGAGGCUGCAAAAACGUAUUUUGUCGAACUUAAAGGACCUUAUCAGAUCAGUCUGAAAUUUGACGUUCGAGUUUAUUGUGACGCCGGGUACAUGGUACCUGACUGUUCAAAGUAUUGCCAUGCAACCAAUGCAAGCACCUACCGUUGCAACUACGAUAAUGGAAGAAAAAUAUGCCACAAAUAUUGGUACGCCGACAAAUGCGACGUUUACUGUCGAGAGUUUUCUGAUAGUAAGUAUGUUUGCAACAAGACUAACGGUUUAAAAAUAUGUCACGAAAACUGGUACGGUAAGGAAUGCGACAGAUUCUGUGCGGAGAAAAUCAAUUCUACCGGACAUUACUCCUGCGAUGAGGUAGGACGAAAAAUUUGUCAUCCCAAUUGGUUUGGUGAAAAUUGCACAAAAUUUUGCAAUGCGAGAAACAGCCGGAGAGUCCACUACAAGUGUGACGUAAGGAACGGUUCUAGGAUUUGUGACCAAGAUUGGUUCGGUGAUCACUGUACAACUUAUUGUAAAUCGAGAAAUAAUAUCACUGGUCAUUAUUCCUGUCAUCCUGUCACGGGCUUGAAAAUUUGUGAAAAAGAUUGGUACAAUGAAAAUUGUACGAAAUAUUGCAAAGAAAGAAAUGACACUUCGGGACAUUAUUUUUGUGAUCGAAGUGAAGGAACUAAACUUUGCCAUCCGAAUUGGUUUGGUGCAAACUGUUCAGUGUAUUGCAAGGCUAGCGAUGAUUCUUUCAAUGGACAUUACAGUUGCGAUAGUGUAAGAGGUUCGAUCGUCUGCAACCCACAUUGGUUUGGACACAAAUGUAUGAGUUAUUGUAAAGGACAAAAUAACACAAACGGACAUUAUAGUUGCGAGAAAACAAACGGUUCAAAAAUAUGCUUUCCAAAUUGGUUUGGAAAUAACUGCACGACAUAUUGCCGAGCACAAAACAAUUCUUUUGGCCAUUAUUGGUGUCAUGCCGACAGUGGCAAAAAAAUAUGUCUUCAAGAUUGGUAUGGUAGUGAUUGCCUAAAGCAUUGCACGCCCAGGGAUGACGUAUUAGGUCAUUACGUGUGCAAUCAGAGAACUGGUGCCAAGAUUUGUCUUCAGGAUUGGUAUGGUAGUGAUUGUCUAACAAUGUGUAAGAAAAGGAAUGAUUCGAGCUUUCAUUACAGCUGUGACAACGUCACGGGUGAUCGAAUAUGCGACUCAAAUUGGUAUGGAGAGAAUUGCACAACACACUGCACGGAAAGGAAUGAUUCGACGGGUCACUUCUUUUGUAACCAAACAACCGGAAGUAAGGUUUGCAUAGAAAAUUGGUUCAGACAAAACUGCACGCAUUUCUGUAAGGAAAAGAACGAUUCCUCCGGGCAUUACUCUUGCGACAAAGAAAAUGGAACGAAGAUUUGCGGAAAAAUUGGUUUGGAAAAAGUUGCAAUCGAUUUUGCAAUCCAAAUGAUCUUUUUGGACAUUAUUUCUGUAAUGAUACCACAGGACAAACGGCGAAAGGAUUUGCUAUCCAAACUGGUUCGGAAGCUACUGCACGAAAUUCUGUUUUCCAAAAAUGAUUCGAGUGGUCACUACUUUUGUGAUCACAACACAGGGUUAAAGAGAUGUUAUCGAAAUUGGUUUGGGGAAAAUUGCACGAGAUUUUGCCGAGUGGAUGAUCAUGAAAUAAAACGAUACAUUUGCAACAAGACGACGGGUUUAAAGUCAUGCCAUCAAAACUGGUUUGGAAUAAACUGUUCAGUGCAUUGCCUUGAAAAAGAUGAUGCUACUGGACACUACUCCUGUAAUAAAACAACCGGAUCGAGAAUUUGUCUUCGUCAUUGGUACGGAGACUCCUGCACAGUGUAUUGUAAUGCAGACAAUGAAAACUACUUUUGUAACAUGAGCACGGGGAAGAAAGUUUGUCAUGCGCAUUGGUAUGGAAGAAACUGUUCAACAUUUUGCAUGGAGCCUCGAAAUUCAUCGGUCGCCAACUUUCAAUGCAACCAGACAGACGGAACUAAAAUCUGUCUGCGGCAUUGGUACGGUGUCAAUUGCUCAACAUAUUGUAAAGUUUCAAGUAAUGCGACGGUCCAUUACUCGUGCAACAAGUCCUCCGGUUUGAAACUUUGUCAUGAACACUGGUUUGGUUCGAAUUGCGAGAAAUUUUGUAAAGCAAACAACGACUCCUAUAAUGGUCAUUUCACUUGCAACGAGAGAAAUGGCUCGAAGAUUUGUCACAAAGAUUGGUAUGGAAAGAAUUGUACAAACUAUUGCAAAGAUCGAAAUGAUACAAGCGGCCAUUACAUUUGUGAUAGGAGGACCGGUACCAAAAGCUGUCAACCGAUGUGGUUUGGUAAAAACUGCACGGUGUAUUGCAAUUCAACUGAUGAAAAAAAUGGAAAGCUUUAUUUUUGUAACGAAACUACAGGCAUGAAAAUGUGCCUGCGUAACUGGUAUGGGGAGAACUGCUCUCGAUUCUGUGAAGAGAGAAGAGACUUCCACUACAAGUGCAAUCAUACCACGGGACGAAAAAAAUGCGAUGAAAAUUGGUUUGGAGUGAACUGUGAAGUAUUUUGCAGAGGAAGGAAAGAUUCGUUUGGAGGAUAUGAUUGUGAAAAAAACACAGGAUGGAAAGUUUGUCACGAAAAUUGGUUUGGUGUUAAUUGCUCGACAUUUUGCAAAGUGAGAAAGGACAAGCUUAGUCGUUAUUACUGUAACAGAACCACUGGUUUGAAAAUAUGCCAUCCAUAUUGGUUUGGUCGCAGUUGCAAUGUACACUGCAAAGAGGAAAACGACGCUCAUUUCAAAUGUAAUUCAACAAAUGGGAUAAAGAUAUGUUGGAAAAAUUGGUUCGGACCAAACUGCACCAAAUACUGCGACGAAGAUAAGAAAGAGAACUACGUAUGCGAUAAAAAGACAGGUUCGAAGUUCUGUAAAGAAAACUGGUUUGGUGAAAAUUGCACCGUGUAUUGCAGAGAAAAUGAUCGUGGAACUUGCGAUAGAAAUACAGGAAGGAAGCGCUGCAAAUCGCAUUGGUUUGGGAAGAACUGCGAAACGUUUUGCAAAGAAAAUGGGCAGAAGAAUGGGCAUUUCAACUGUAGCCAAAUCGAUGGUGCAAAAAUUUGCCAUUCGAAUUGGUACGGAGAGAAUUGCACAAAAUUCUGUAAAAUGUCAAAUGAUAUCAACACAGGAAAAUACAUUUGCGACAACAGAACGGGGGAGAAGAUUUGUCAGAAAGAUUGGUACGGUCCAAACUGCAACAUAUGUUGCAAGGUCGACGUUGAAACCACUUUCAUCUGUGAUGAAAAGACGGGAAGAAAAAUUUGCAAAAAGGAAUGGUAUGGCGAGAAUUGUACGCGCAAUUGCGUCGAAGACAAAUAUUACAUGUGCAACAUCACGAGCGGUGAAAGGAUUUGUCGUCGUGAGCAUCUCAGAAUGAAGUGUUCUUCAAGUGUAAAUGUUCUUCAGAGAUACCUAACGAUGGUAAUCAUAUGUGGAGGAAUGCUUCUUCUUGCACUUCUCAUUUUUGUACUAUCAAGAUGCAAAAUUUCAAAGGUUCGCAAGAUAAAAGUAGCUCCUGAAAGGAAUGCUCAACAGUUAUAUGCAGUAGAAGAGGAUACGACAGCUUUAUGAUUCCAAUUCGAGAAGGCAUUUAUUGUAAAUUGUGUACAAAGAAGCUAAUUCAACAGGUAUAAAAAUAUCGAAGUUCUAUUUAUACGUUUCAAAUGGUGUUUAUAAAAGAAAAACAUUAUACAGUUUUGUGUACUUCUAUGAUAUGUAAGAAAAUGUAUUUUACAAAAAUAUAUUUAUGUAAUUAAACAAAUGAACUCUGA